AUGCAGAGAUCCCUUGAGGAGGAUGUUGCUGCCCACACCACUGGGGACUUCCGCAAGGUUGUUGCAAAUUUCAGUGCAUCAUGGUGUGGCCCAUGUAGACAGAUCACUCCUCUCUAUACUGAGCUCUCCGAGAAGUACCCUCAACUUGUUUUCCUAACAAUUGAUGUUGAUGAGUUAGCUGUAAGUAUUAAGUUGCUUCCAUCAUUAAGCCUACCAAUCUAUUCAACACUGAAACCACCAGAGUGGCAGAUUGCAUUUGGACCUGUCUUCAAGUGUAAUAGCACAGUUUGGAGAGCGUUGAUGAUGGUGAAUCCUGCAAAAGAGAAGAAUCAGUGGAUGGUUGAGAUUGAUAAGUUUACUGUGGAGGUUCCUAGAGUUGCU